UUGUCCAACUCCUUGACAAGGAGGACGCAGUUGUGCCACCGAAGAUGGGGCUAAAUGCCAGCACGUGCCGUGUGUGUAGUUCUAGUUUAGAUCCCGCCACGAUGACAACUAGGCGUAUGAGCAACAAUGCCCGGACAGCGUUGGCGGACUCCGCCAUCCCAUCCUGCCGCCACACAUCCAUCCAGUGCCGCAUACUGCGCUGUGUGGGUGUCGUGUCACGUAAACGUGGGUAAAUGUUGCACGUAUGAACGGCAUUGUUGUGGAUGGCUGGCGAGCAUAUGGAGGACACUCCGGCUAUUACUCCACACGCACCCACUCUCGACUACCCUUUAAUCGUGAUUGCAAUCAUUGUGGAAAUUGAAUUUCCCCAGACGAUCAGGAUAUCCGCAGCUCGAAAAACCCUACUACCCAGGGCAAGAGCCCGCAGAAUUCCGGAUAUUCCGAAAAUGCCCAGACAAGCGCUCAAACCCCGAGGCUCUAUGCAUUCAGUGCGGCCAACGUGGCGUAUGCGCAAUUAUCAAAGAAACGCCGCAGGACGCGGCAUGCAGAAAGGUCGGGCGGCAGGAGUCGACUUGACUUGAAUCCAGCUCUUCUGGCCAGACCUGCCUUAAGUUCCGUCGGGUUAUUUAAAGUUCGCGUUAUUAAUAAAUGCCUCAGUGGGGCAGCCGUGCCCUGCCUUUAGUCUGAUAUGCAGCGCUUGAUUAGUGCAGGGCCUAACUUAUGGCCAGAGUGCUCCCAUCGGCUCAUCGACUUCUGGGUGGGAAUCGUGCUGGGCGCCGACUUCCUGCAAAUUACUUAGAGUUUUGCUGGGCGCAAAGUUUGGCGCGUUAUCGUGGAAAGUUUAAUGGAACUAUGUCGUGCCGUGUAGCGCCCCCAAAACAGGCGGUUCCAAGUCAGACAGCCCGACCCGCUGAAAACACCACCAGCAACCCACCUUGCCGCCGGGUGCAGUGCAUCUGCGGUGGUGAAAAACGGGGUGUUAGUUGUCCGUGCUAAGCCUAGCUGAUUCUCUCAGCAGGGUUUUGGCUAAUUGCUGAGGACACCCACACAUUAGACAGAUUUGUUGACUCGAAAACUAGCAACAAAACUGGGUGGUGCAAGUAAUGAAUUAAUUAUUGCGGCAUUAAAUAGGAAAAGGAGAUGAAGUUGAUGCGAAAAUGGCAUAAAUAAUGAUAUAAAGCCAACUUUUAAGUCAAAAACUAGGUUCCCAUCCUUACAUUCUUGGGUUUUUAAGGACAUAGUCAUUUGGCUUUAAUACAAUUGAA